AUGGCCUUACACGCUCGCCUCGCAGUUGCGCGUUUCUGUUUGUCAAAAAGACUCUCCAGCGGCAAACUUGCCGAGGUAGUUGAGGCGGAAAAGCUCACAAAACUAGCGCAACUGCAGCAGCCAACACAUCUUAUGCAAAACCUCCCUAAUAGAACGGCAAUAACCGGAGCAGGCUCUAUCGUUGUAAAGGACCGACUCUCCCAGAAACCUGUCUUUUUGUGGUUAUCCUUGUGUCUUUAUGUUCUCUAUGGCUACUUCUUGUAUAAGUCCUACUGUCAACUUUUGGUCAUAAGUGCUCGGGCAGGAUGUAGUGAAGAAGAGUUCCUUUCAAAGCUGAGUAACGCAGAAGCAGACUUCGAAGACCUCUUCAAAUUUGUCUCUAGAUCUUCUUUUAUCACAGAUACAGAUGGAUUCUCUGUUUUCCAUUGGAUUGCGGCCAACAACCGUGUAGAUCUUGCAAAAGCGUUACAAGCGAAUGGCGACAAAAGUAAAUCCGAAGAUAUUUCAAUAAAUUCAUGCCAGUCAAAACCGCGCGGCUGGAGCUUUAUUUUUCUUAUGUCUCCUGUUUUGUUAUUCCAAACUUGUUUCACUCGCGAGCAGGCCAGUAGCAUACUCAACUUGAGCUACUUUAACAAUCUCACUCCUUUGCAUCUGGCAGCGUGGACCGAUUCGCGAGAUGUUUUACAGUGGCUUUUGGAGCAAAAAGAUAUCGACUUGUUGGCAACUGCUGAAGAUUCUGUUGAUGCGCUCGGAAUGGCACUAAAACAAGAGAACAUUUAUUCAGCUAAUUUGAUAAAGGAUGCACUUGUGGCUGCUGAUAAAUUCGACGUGAACAUGAGAACGGGGCAAGGGUACACACGAUUGCAUCAUGCCGUAUCUGACGGGGCUUUAAAGUCGACGAAAUUCCUCGUCGAGAAUGGGGCUGAUAUUUUAGCACUUGGACCCGGCGGUGAAACUGCUGUUGGUAUGGCUGAAGCGCUUGUUUAUCAAAUGCGGCGAGACGAGCAGCGCGACUCCGAUCGAAUGCAAAUUCUCAACUAUCUUGAAGGAUAUCUGGAGAAAGAGGGACUCUUGCCUAAGACCUUGUUUUGA